AAAUACGCCCAUUUCUGCUAAAACGAAAGUUUAGACACGGAAACGCAGCGACCGCGCCGGUCGGACGCAGGUCCGCACUGAUGACUUGUGCGCGUUUGCAUUAGCAGAACAGUAGAAGAAGACAAAGGAGAAGAAGAAGAAGUGGAGCGACGAGCUCAGACAUCAGGGAAGCCUGAGGAUGAAGUGUCCUAAGUGCUCCCAUAAUAUUGUGGAGAAGACAGCCAGGUUCUGCAGCCAGUGUGGAAAGACACUGGUCCAAACCUCAAACACACAGGAUGUGGACAAUGAACCCAAACCCUUGGUUGCAGACAUGGAAAUUACAACAGAGAAAUCAGUGUCUCAGAAAAAUGAUGCCACUGGGGACAACAAAGAGUCCAGUAAAUUCCCCAAACGACCAAAUGAAGAGGUGAUUCCUAAUGUAAAGAAAAAGAAAAAAAAGAAGAGGAAAAACAAAAAAAAGAAAGAUGGCAACUUGUUAGAAGAUGAAAGUCACUCUGACCUGUCACAUGUCUCAUUGGGUGACAACCUGGGUAACAAGACGCAGAGUGGAAGAGACUCCUCUGACUGUGAAAGCUCAGACAAUGCAAUGGAUGAAACACCAGAAUCACUCCAAGAUGACGUCUCCUCACUGGAGAGCCGUCCCAGCCCUUUAUUAGCAAUGGAUACAGCUGCACCACCAGGAGACGCAGCUGCCAUUCAGAAUGAAGGGAGACAAUCCAGUAACACUCCAGAGAACUCUACCAAGGAAAAGAGCAAUGCACAGACAACCACUAAGAACGAGACACUGAAAGAAACGCCAGCUGACGCUCCAGCUCAACAUCCCACCACCGAAGACACCAAGAGCACUUCUCAGUCAGGUUCAGGGAAAGGAACACAGGCAAAGGAUCCUGAAAGUCAAAAACCUGACAGACAAAACUCAAAGAACAAGAAGGAUACAGCGAUUGAAAAUACAAAUGUGAAAGAGACAGAACAAACCAAAUCAAAAAACAAGAAAGAACAAGAAAAGAACAAGAAAGAUACAACAGCAAAGCAGCCUACACUGGACCAAAAUACCAACGUGAAAGAGACGGAACAAACAAACAAAUCAAAGGGAAAACAUCAGCAGAACCAAAAGGAGAAUGAGGCAACUACACAACAAAUGGUUUUUGGCCAAAAAACAUCAUUAAAGGCUGACAGCAAAGGAUCCAGUGUGGACCCAAAAGUAGAGCAGACGAAGAAUCAGAGGUCUGGAAAUGUUCAGGACUCGACUUCAGCCCAAACCUCAGCUGGUGACAAAGGAAGUGAUGUCGACAAAGACGACAGUAACUCCAACACCAGAACAGAGCCACCGCCUAAAAGGCCAACAAGAAGCCAGACCAUUGCUGCACGUGAAAGACUCACAAUUUACUUCCAUGCAGUUCUCUCAAAGGAUUUUAAAUUUGUUCCAAAUGAAGAUCGUAUCUUUAUCAGAGCUGGGCCCCCCAUUGGAACAUGGGACGAUAAUGUAGCUGAGCUCGAUGUGACCAGGGACCUUGAAGAACAUGGAUUUCUGGUCGAAGGCAGUCUGCCAACAACCAGAGCCAAAGCUGUGUCUGAAUCCAUACCAUAUAAAUAUGUGAUUUAUAGAACUAAGAAACGCACGUACGAAUAUGAGCAUAUAUACAAACUGGAUUCUGCCACUACAACAAACCGAUGUUUGUUUGUGAAAUCCCACCUCGUCAGCGAUGAUGGGGACUGGCAUCAAUAUGAUGACAUCAUCUGUACUGAACCAUCAAAGAUUGCACGCAUUAAAGAAAUAUUUUGGAAUGAACAAAGGAGGAGUCUUAUUAAAGGCAGAGAGAUUGCAGGAAAAGUAAUGCUGGACACCAUAUUUGAUCUUCUGAGGACCUGGACUGUUAAAAAUCUAAGCAGCUUUCUCCUCCAGCUGAAUCAGUUCUUUCAGGUUUUUGCUGAGCCUUUUGUUUAUGAAGAGAGACAAAAGAAAUGGCACUCCUUAGACUAUGGGGCUAACGAUGUGAGGAAGAUGCUGAAAGAGUUCAUGCUCACAAACGUGAUUCCUCAGUUGCAGAAGGAUGGUGAUGGGAGGAGUCAGUAUAUUCAAGACCCUCUCAGAGCAGCUGUAAUAAUGCUCUAUGUGCAGAGACAACAUGGUUUCAGACUAGCUGAUGCUGAGUUAAAUCGACUCUGCAAUGCACUGUGCUUACCCAACUUAGAUGAAAGUCAGUUCUUAGAGUACUGGACAGCUUUUUCACAGGAUGUACUACUUCUCAAAAGUUUACCAGAAAUGCUGGGGACUCUGAUAAAGAUUGUUAGAAGAACAGGAAUGAUGAGAUGGAUUCUGGCACUACCACUCCUCCAUCUCUUGAAGGGCAACACAAAGCCGUUUGAAGUAUCAACUUUGAGUAAAUUGAAGUAUGGCCAGUCCUGGGCAGGUCUGCAAUGCCUAGAAAUGGACAGCUCAUCGUACAUGAACGGUCAAGACAGGACGUCACUGAUGAAGAUACUGAAAAUCCACAGUCACUUGAUGGUGGUGGACACACUCUUGGUGCGGUCCUGCUUGUAUCUGAUGCCACUGGAUAAUCUAAUGGAGUGUCUCAUCAGCAUUAAGACUGAGCUUCUGGACAUACUUCAUGUUUUCAUUAAUAAGGCUCCUCAGGAGAUUUCUUACAGUAACUUUCAGACAGUGUCUGAAAUUCUCUCACAUAUCCAUGUGAAUCUCAUUGAGGAAAAAUACAGCCAUUUUACUGAGGCGUACAGGAGAGACUGUCUGGCAACAGGAGUGAAACUGUUGGACAAGAUCUGCAAAGGAGUCAAAUAUAAUGAGAACAAUGCUGAUAUUCCUGUAGCUUGCAUGAAUAUGGUUGCAUUAAUUGCAGACUUUGUUCACUGUGAAAAGCAACAGGGGCCAGGAGAAAGCAAAGAGCAGCAAUAUGCAAAAGACUUGGUGAUCUGUCAGGCAAUGAUCACAGUAAGACACUGGAUCAAUUCUUUUUUUAGACAGCACUUGCUCAACAGGGGUCUGACGUCCCUCUAUCAAGUUGAGGCCACAAAGGAGAUUGAAAUAUGGAACAACAUCAUCUCCAUCCAAUUCAAAGAUGAAGAGUGCACAACAGAGUGGAAACUGGUGUUUACCAAGGAUUUUGAGGGCAAGUACAAAAAGGAAUCUGCUUUGGAUCAGAUUGAAUUCUACUGUACAAAGAUAGAGGAACUUAGUGGUUCCCAGCCUCAUGUUGCUGCAAGUAUUGAGAAGUGUGCUCUUGAGGCUGUUACGUCUUUGUGCCAGACCAAGUCCGAAGGCAAACUGUUUGAAAGGUUCAAAAUCAACUGGAAGUUUGGGAAUCUCAUCUCAGCCAUUAUCCAGAAAUCCUGGCCAAGAGACAAUCAAGGAAAUUAUCAGGACGUUGAAGAGGUCGUCCUUCAGCACCUUCUGUCCUGGUCUGCUGCCAAGGAAAUCUUCCAACUACAUGGUGCAGAAGAGAAGCUGAUUGAAAAACUUUCACAAGAUGCCAUAAACAGAAUUGCUAUAGCAAUAUCCUCCUUCACGAACAUUAACAAUCAGCUGGUCAAUGGAAACAUUAGGAUCAGCCUGCUCAAGAUAAUCCUGGAAAGAAAAGAUUCCUUCUUAGAACUCCUGAAGAUUGAUUGCCUCUCUGAGAAACAACAGUACAAAGAAACUGGUAAAAUGAGGAGGCUAUUGCAGUGGAGACAGGAUGAAAUGAAGGCUGUGUAUCACGAAAAGCAGCUCCUGGAUGUUUUCUUAACCAUGAGCCAUAAACUUGAAGAGCAUAUGACAGUUGAUGUUUCCGACAUGGAGAGGAGGCAGCGUGUCCACCUCGAGGCAAUGCCUCUAAACGAGUUCAUGGAGGUUCAUGAGUUUGAUCAGAUGUCCACUCCCAUGGCUGGUAAUGUCACAUACUUCCAACUGGAUGAGGAAAUCCGAGAUAUGGCCGAGGUCCUGUACACUUUCAAAGACAGCUAUUUAUUUAAAUUGUGUUGGGAAAAUCAAGCAACAAUUCUGGCCUCUGAAGAAAAGGAGGAUGAGGAACAGAAUGAGAAUGAAGUGGUGGACAUCCAGGCAACACCGCAAAUUAUACAUGAUAAGAUUUUUGUGCCUUGCUUUGAUGAGUACAAAAACAUCUAUACUAAGUUGAAGAAUGGCAGUAUCCUGCUUGAGGAUGUCAACGAACUCUUCAAAGCUUUCAAGGGAAAGUAUGAAGAACUUGCUCAGGACCUCGACAUCAUGUGCAGGGUUGAUAAAUCUGUUGACAAACAGUGGAUCCAUACCAGGGUUCAACAGAUCGAGCAGUAUCAUGAGCUUCAUCUAGCUGUGGUUUCUGCUCAAAUUAUCAUGAAAGUCAAAGAGACGCUUUGUCUUCAAGGAGAUUUCAGGGUCCUGGAGACACUCACUGAAGUUAGCCGUGAAGACUUUCAGAAAGAGCAACUAAAUCGAAUUGACAAUGACUUGAUGCAGGCAAAGAAGGUUCUGGUGGACAUCACUGAGCAACGCAGGCUUUGCCUUCAGGAACUGGAACUCAGGAGAAACUUUGUAAUGUGGGUUAAGGAUUCACUUGAAGAUAUCAAUGAGCUGAAGGUGUUUGUUGACCUGGCCUCGAUCUCUGCGGGGGAGAAUGACAUGGAUGUGGAUCGUGUCGCUUGCUUCCAUGAUGCUGUCCUCGGCUACGCCUCAAUGCUCUAUGAGCUCAAACCAGACUCUGGUUUUGCCACCUUCAAAGAGGUGCUUGAGAAGCUGUGGAAGGCUUUGGAAAAUGAUGCCAAUCUACCAAAGAAACUGCGGGACAGUGCACGACAUUUGGAAUGGCUGAAGACUGUGAAGGACAGUCAUGGAUCAGUGGAGCUGUCGUCUCUUUCGUUAGCAUCAGCCAUCAACAAUAAGGGAAUCUACCUGAUCAGUGCUCGUGGAGUGAAAACGUUGAGUCUUGACACCGCAUUGAAGCUGCAGAUCCCAGAGGAGCAUGAUGAUGGUCACCAAAUGCGCUACUAUGCUCUUGAGGAACUCCGGGAACUGCAGAACAAACUCAUGCUCAUGUCUGGGAAAGGGGAUCAAGGACAGAAUGAAGUUGAUUAUUUUGCAGAGGUUUUUGCAAGUGUUCAGAGACUAGCUGAGGCAUUCAUUGCCCUCCACACAGCUGGGAAUCCUCUGUUCAGACAAUGGGAAGUGCAAAUCAAUUGCUGUUUGAAUAGUGAAGCACCUGGCAUUACCAUGGACUUCAACCUGGACAGUGUUUCCAGCGCUGUCAUUGUUGAGGGCAGCAUAGAGACGCAGCUUCCAGAGCUCUGCAGGAAAAUAGAGAAAUGCCUAGACUUCUGGAUGAAUUUUGUAGACAAACAGAGAUCCCAGCAUUACUAUCUGAACUACUACACAGCCGAACAGAUUGUGUACCUUUGCAGCAAGCUGACUCAGCAAAAUGUUACCAAGCUGGAGGACCAAGCUCUUAUGAUGCUGUCGUUCGUCAAACCAAACUGCACAUCCCCAGACCUGAGGCAAGUAUGGCAUGAACUCCAGUAUGAAAUCAUUAAGGAACCAGAAGAAGCAAAUGAGGACAUUGAGUUUCAGACUUUUGUUCUGGUGCCAAGUAAUGAUCUGGGAGAGCUAGAUUUCGCCAGCGAUCUGGGUCCCCUUCCAAGUCUCCUGGAACAAGCUAUUGGUUUGCACAAAUUUGACCUGAUGUGGAAUUCUUACAUGAAGGACAUGAAGACCUUUCUCCCCAAUAUUCUUGAUUUAAAAAGCCUUGGGAAACUUCUGGCUAUACUGGCCAACAAAGAAGAUGAGUCAGAGGAUGAUGACAGUGAAGAAGACAUUUCUGAUGAUAGAACUCGCCACUUGAUUAAGAGGCAGCUGCCACAGGGCCUAGUCAGUGGAAGGCCUAACCUCAUCAUUUGUCCACAAGAAGAGGUCUUGACUUCUUGCAUCUCCAUUUACAUGAGCAGCAAAGAAGAGAUGCUACCCACCUAUGAUGAAGUCCUCUUAUGCAACUCCUCAACCCCAUAUGAGCAGGUGGAGUUAUUUUUCAGGCGCUGUCUUAACACAGGCUACAGGGGCCAGAAGAUAUAUUCACUGGUCUACGGAGAUCUGCUCACCUAUGAUGUGAGCUGUAAAGUUGAGAGCUUCUUCCAGCGGACGAAGAUGCAGACCACAAAAGACUAUAGACUUGUUAUCAUCUGCAGUUCAGAAAGAGAACACACCUAUCUUCCAUCAGCCUUCAGCCAGUACAGACUGCACAUGGUUCCCCAGGAGCCACUGGUUAGAAUCCAGUGCUACCUUCACAAACACUACACUGUCCCAGUAGAAAAGUGUACCGCUGCUGCUGUGUUCAAAGACCGUCUGUGCGUUGGAGUGGUCUCAUCCAAACGAGCUGGUGUCGGUAAAUCUCUGUACAUCAAGAGGCUUUAUGAAAAACUGAAGCACGUGACCAAAAAGCAAACAAUGAUGAAAUGCAUUCGCUUGAUUGAACCUAACGUUGAUGAGAAUGUCAUUCUUCAGUGUCUGUUGGACGCUCCCAGAAGGAAAGAACUCACAAUGUUCCAUUUUGACGUCACAUCAUCGGUGCAGAAAGGACUUCACGAGUUUCUUUUCAAGUUGUUGAUUCUGCGCUAUUUGAUGGACUCUGAAGGGAAGAUGUGGAAGUGCAGUGACAACCAGCUGUAUCUCAUAGAGAUUUUAGAGUCAUCUGCCAAGUCAACAAAAAGUGUUUUGCAGCAGAGCACAUUCAUAGAUGUAUUUCCCAACAUCUUCUGCCGACCACCCAAAGAGGUGCUGAUGGUCGAAAUGAGUAACGACCCCAAUACUGUGAGUCCUGACGACCCACUGAUGGAUGAUGAAGAAUUCAGGAGUGCAGCCUUUCAGCGACCAUACCAGUAUCUCACACGGUUUCAUAACCACGUUGAUCUUGAUGCGUUCACAUAUCAAGCUCAAAGUGUUGAGGGCUCAUAUGUGGAAUGUCUGCAGAUGCUUCUGAUGUACUGCGGCAUUAUUGAACCGUCUUGGGCAGAACUGAGAAAUUUUGCUUGGUUUCUUAACCUUCAGCUGCAAGACUGUGAGACCUCUGUUUUUUGUGAUGCGUCCUUCACUGGGGACACACUGACUGGAUUCAAAACCUUUGUGGUGGACUUCAUGAUCUUGAUGGCAAAGGACUUUGCCACUCCGUCACUCAGCAUCUCUGACCAAAGUCCUGGCAGGCUGCAGGUGGACCUGACUGGUGUCAGGGAUGAAGACUUGGCUCCUUUCCUGAUUAGGAAGAGAUGGGAAAGUGAACCACAUCCAUAUAUUUUCUUCAAUGAUGACCACGUGUCCAUGACCUUUGUUGGUUUUCAUCUUCAGCCCAAUGAACAGAACUCUGUUGAUGCCAUUGAACCCAGAUCUGGAAGGGUGAUAAAAAAGAACGUCAUGACAAGGGCUUUAUAUGAUGGCCUACGGUUGCAGAGAGUCCCCUUUAACAUUGAUUUUGAUAGCCUUCCAAGAGGAGAGAAAAUAGAGAGGAUCUGUAAUGUUCUCGGUAUUCAGUGGCCUCUUGACCCUGAUGAAACAUUUGAACUUACAACUGACAACAUACUUAAAAUGCUGGCGAUCCAUAUGAGAUUCAGAUGCGGCAUCCCUGUCAUUAUAAUGGGUGAGACAGGAUGUGGUAAGACCAGGCUCAUCAAAUUCCUUUGUGAGUUGCGGAGAAGUGGAGUGGCUACUGAAAACAUGAAGUUGGUGAAGGUGCACGGUGGGACGACAUCAGAGAUGAUUUACACUAAAGUCAGAGAAGCAGAAGACAUUGCUUCCAUCAACAAACUGGACUAUGGAUUUGACUCAGUUCUUUUCUUUGAUGAGGCCAACACUACAGAAUCCAUCAGCAGUAUUAAGGAGGUUCUUUGUGACAAGACAGUCAGGGGUGAAGGUUUGAGUACAAACAGUGGGUUGCAGAUUGUUGCAGCAUGUAACCCCUACAAAAAGCACACAGAUGAGAUGAUUGAAAGGUUAGAGUCAGCUGGCCUUGGGUACAGAGUUCGAGCUGAAGAGACAGAUGAAAAACUUGGGGCCAUACCUCUUCGUCAGUUAGUGUAUAGAGUUCAAGCAUUGCCCCCAAGCAUGAUCCCUCUGGUGUGGGACUUUGGGCAAUUAAAUGAUCACACAGAGAAAAUAUACAUCCAGCAGAUUGUCCAACGAGUUGUUGAGAACAAAGCUAUAAAUCACACCUACAUCCAGUGUAUCACUGAUGUCCUUUCAGCAUCACAAAAGUACAUGCGCAAGCGUAAAGAUGAAUGCAGCUUUGUCAGCCUAAGAGAUGUUGAGCGCUGCAUGCAGGCUCUUGUUUGGUUUUUUGACAACCACACCAUGUUUUUUGCAGAGCUUGAAACAUUCGAGGAUGAACUAAAUGCUGAUAUGAAUGAAAGGGGUCCAAGACCCUCAGAGGAGAGAGACCCUGUUCUCUGGUCGCUAGUUAUGGCCAUUGGAGUGUGCUACCAUGGCUGCCUAGAAAACAAGGAUGAAUAUAGGAAGACGAUCAGUAAAAAUCUGCCACAACUAUACACCGCAGCAAAGGUACAGCAGGAAAUCUCACUCAUGCAGGAUUUACUUCUGAGUGGAGUGCCAAUGGGAGAAACUAUUGCAAGGAACAGUGCCCUGAAAGAAAAUGUCUUCAUGAUGGUUCUCUGCAUUGAACUAAGAAUCCCUCUGUUUUUAGUUGGCAAACCAGGAAGUUCAAAAUCUCUGUCUAAAACCUUGGUGGCAGAUGCAAUGCAGGGCCAGGCAGCUCAUUCUGACCUCUACAAAAGGCUGAAACAGAUCCAUUUGGUGUCCUUCCAGUGUAGUCCUCACUCAACACCAGAAGGUAUCAUCAAUACAUUCAAGCAAUGUGGACGCUUCCAGGAAGGAAAAAACCUAGAUGAGUACAUUUCAGUUGUUGUCCUUGAUGAGAUCGGGCUGGCCGAGGAUUCUCCAAAGAUGCCCCUGAAAACUCUUCAUCCACUGCUGGAAGAGGGAUGCAUAGAUGAUGAGCCACUGCCACACAAAAAGGUUGGAUUCAUUGGAAUCUCCAACUGGGCUUUGGAUCCUGCAAAGAUGAACAGAGGCAUCUUUGUCUCCCGUGGUGAUCCUGAUGAGAAGGAACUCAUUGAGAGUGCUAAAGGCAUAUGCUCAUCUGAUGCAAUGGUUUUAGAGAAGGUCAGGGAAUUCUUCCAACCCUUUGCAAGGGCCUAUUUGAGAAUCAGCAAAAAAGGCAAGGGCAAAGGAUUUUUUGGACUUCGUGACUAUUACAGCUUGAUCAAAAUGAUUUUUGCUGUGGCCAAAGCCUCUCAACAGAAGCCCACAGCAGAGGAAACUGCAAAAGCAGUGUUGAGAAACUUCAGUGGCAAGGAUGAUGUGGAUGCUGUUACAGUUUUUACCCAAAGACUAAACAUUACACCUAAUUUGGAGAACAUCACUGCUGUUGAGUUCGUCAAGGAAAAUAUUGAGGCAGUAGGACAGGAAGAAGAAUGUCGGUACUUGCUAGUCUUGACUAAAAACUAUGCAGCCCUACAGAUCCUACAGCAAACGUUCUUUUCAGAACGAAGUCAACCAGAAAUAAUCUUUGGGUCCAGUUUCCCCAAGGACCAAGAGUAUACCCAAAUUUGCCGAAACAUCAACAGAGUGAAAAUCUGCAUGGAGACAGGACAAACUGUUGUUCUCCUAAACUUGCAGAAUCUCUAUGAAAGUCUUUAUGAUGCUUUGAAUCAAUACUAUGUCUGCUUAGGUGGACAAAAGUACGUUGACCUGGGCCUGGGGACACAUCGUGUCAAAUGCAGGGUGCACAAAGACUUCCGGCUGAUUGUCAUUGAGGAAAGAGAGGUGGUCUACAAACAGUUCCCAAUACCUCUCAUCAACAGACUGGAGAAACAUUACCUGGACAUCCACACUGUCCUCAGAACCGAGCAUAAGAGGAUUGUGGAUGAUUUGAAGAAAUGGGUGCAGAGUUUUGUUUCUCUCAGCAGUCAACACGCACCGGGUCAACUGUAUGAGUACAAACCACCAGAUGUCUUCAUUGGCUACCACUCAGACACAUGUGCAUCUGUUCUUCUUCAAGUAAUCGACAAACUGAAUGGCAGUGUGGAAGACUCUGAUCGUGAGAGAAGAGUACUUGAUGAAGCUAAAGACAUGCUGCUCAAAUGUGCCACACCAGACUCAGUUGUGCGCUUAGACUGCACAGUUCUCCCCAAAGUGGAGAGUGAUCAUCUGGCCAGGGUCUAUUUUGAACAGCUGAAUAACAGCUGUUUGGCUGACUAUGUACUCGCUCACACAAGGCAGGAAGUUCAUUGCAUCGCUUCCUUCACAGAGGUCACAACAUUCUCCAGACUUCUAACAGCAUCUGACUUGGAACCACUGGAAAGAAUGUUGCAUAGUGUUGACCUUCUCUCACUCCAGCAAUUUGACACAGAGAAUUCUUUCCUGAAGAAGAUUAGGAGCUUUGUCACAUCUGACAAUGGACACAGUAACAGCAAGAUCCUCAUCAUUCAGUGUGAUUUUGUUGAAGCCUCUCAUAGUGCGAAUCUCAUAGCAUCUGCAAAGUAUUCAUCUAUCAAUGAAAUCAACAAGAUAACUCAGGAGAGGGACAAAACCAAGGUGUUUGUCUACUUUAUCACCAGACUGCCAAGGAUGGAAGGAGGAACCUCAUACGUCGGCUUUCAUGGAGGACCCUGGAGAUCUGUUCACAUUGAUGACCUCAGACAGUCCAAAGACAUUAUUUCAGACAUCAAAGCCUUGCAAAACAUGACAAUUAGUCAGAUGUUUGAAACAAAGAUGAAUCAGCCUGAAGCUAUGGAGGUGGAUGACAUGUAUACUGAAAAUGAGGAGGAGGAGUCAGAGGAAAAUGACCUUUCCAGUGUUCUGGACACUACAGCACUCCUGCAGAGCUGUGUGCACAGUGCAGUGAGCAUGCUGAGGGAUCAGGUAGAGAGCGGCCCUCGCAGUACUCAGAGAAUUGAGCUGUUACUGAAACUGCUGAGUGACGAAGAAUUUGGAGGUGAGUUUAUGCUGACUGUAAAGAGGCGCCUUCACUCGCUGCUUGUGACACAUGAUCACAAUACCUUCCAAAGCAACUGGGUCAUUAAGGAGGCUUCAAACAUUGAUGCCCUGCAAGAAGGAGGAACCUUCAGGCAAACCUUAUGGAAACGUGUACAGGCUGUGGUUGUCCCCCUCCUGGCUCAACUGGUUUCAGUCAUUGACCGUGACCACAACAUGGACAUUCUACUAGACAGAAAUUGUGGUGAAUCUGUUAAGAGGCUGUGGUUGGAUAUCUUCAGUGACGAAAAGCUACUGGAAAUCUCACAACUAGCACCAGACCACAACUCUGAGACAAGAACAAUCCUUGUACAGAACUUCAUUACCCAAGGAAAGAACAUGAGCUGCAGCAUGCCCUUCAGUUGGAGGAUCAAGGACUUCUUGGAGGAGCUCUGGGUUCAUACACUUCAACAUGAAGGCCAAACACAAGAGGAGUUUGAUAAGUUUGUUUCGAAGACUCCACUGGGGCGAUACAUCAAGAAAACAGACCCAGAGAUGCAGACUGAGCUUUUUCAUCGCUACCUUCAGGAUUUCGUCUCGAUGACGAUGAAUGUGACUUGCCAGGAAGACCUGCAGCUCCUGUGCGGUGCUUUAAAUUGCUGUGUCAAUGAGUUACGAUUGCAGCUCAACAGACAGGAAGCAGUGACAUCACUUUCAUGGGUCCAUGCUGCUUAUCACGAGUUUAAGAACAGGCUGCAGAACCUCUUCAGAAUGAUUUGCAUUGAGCCACAGGUCACUCAGAAACUCCUGACACUUACCAGUGAUUGUGAUGAACUGAUACUUGACGUGUAUGCUGCUUUUGCGUGCGUGGAGUACUUGGAGCCGACAGACCUGCGCUCAGAUGCGCAGAGACAGUCCUGGCUGAGGCAGGUUAAAAAGCUUCAGGUUCCCAUUGAGUCGAUCUGCUCAGAGGACAACGUGAGACGAUAUGGAGAGAGGAGCAAGGCCAUCGUCGCUAGAGUCCAAUCUGGAUGGAGCCGGAUAUUUUCUGUGUCUCUGUUUGUGGAACACAUGUUGUUGGGCAUUGAAGAGGUGGAGAAGAAGCUGACGCCUCUUGUAUUGGAGCAUACCAGGGGACUUAGCCGGAUACUGGAAAAAAACAGUGACCUAAAAACUCAGGAAGCAUUUGAGGCAUUUAUUAUAUUGCUCAAAACCUGCAAAGAUGGAGCAGUUGGACGCAUCUUCAGGUUUGGUGUUCCACUGUGCCCGGUGUGUAUGGGGGACCCCCAGGAUCCACUCUGCCUGCCAUGUGAACACGUUUACUGUUUAGCCUGUAUCAAACAGUGGUUGGGCCCCGGCCAGAUGUACUGUCCCCUCUGCAUACAGCCAGUUCCUGAUGACAUUCCCAUGGUUCCUUCUGAUGACAUAAGGAUUCUGAUCAGCCAGCAUUCUCAGUUCAGGAAGCAGUGCAAUGCAUUCUUCAUAGACCUGGUGUCCACCGUGUGCUUCAAAGACAACUCUCCCCCCUCUAAAGCUGUCAUUCUUUAUUUGUUGUCGUUUCUCAUGGUGGAAGUCGAACCUGUUUCGAUUGUGAGAGCUGAACGAGAAACGCGGACAAAGGUUCUCUCUCCAUUUGAUGAAUCUGUGGAUAAAAAUCCAGUCAUUCGGUCGGUAGUGCUCAAACUUCUGCUAAAGUACAGCUUUGUUGAGGUUAAAGAUUAUCUGCAGAAGCAUCUUGAAGGAGUGGAACAGAGCAGAAUCUUGGAAGAGACAGACAAGACAGAACUGUACUGUAUGUACAUUAACUGCCUGGAGGACUCCAUGUUUGAGAGUUUGCAGUUCAGGUCGAUCUCAGACCAGCAGAUGUGGCUGAAAGGAGAAAUGGCCUUUCUGACUGACUACUUCCAAUCACGUGGUCAGUCUGCUGAAGCAGCCACUGUCGAGUACCUACAGCAGCUGGCCAGAGUUCGCAUAGACCUGGAAAUGGCUGCUAGCCUCAUCGUUGAAGGACUGACAGCCAAUGAGUCCCAGGAAGGUGGUCAAGAUGUAACCUCAGAAUUUUUGACCAGUGUGGUGACCUUGUGUAAGGACAGUGGAAAUGACUGGUAUCGAGUCUAUCUGAUCCGUAAAAUCUGUAGCCAACACGGCAUGGAGCUUGUCCUGAAACUUCUCAAAGAGGAUACAAUGCACUGGCUCUUCCCUGAGGAAGUUCUUCAAAAGACUAAUGAAGCUUCAGCAGUAGACCAGUAUCUUGUGUGCGGGGAAGAUUACAAGACCAUCAGAAAUGCUGUUGCUCAGGUGAUUGUGGAAGGCAGAUCAGAUGGACUGGAGGAGGCAUGUGAGGGCUGCAGAUGGACAACAGUUUGCCUUCUGUUGGCACUCUACAGGGAAUUCACCACUCUCUACAGGGAAACCAAUGCCAGCUUCCAUCCUAAGCCUGAACAGUUGCAAGUUGUGGAGACCUUCAUUCAGUCCUCCAAAUUCCUUGGCAGACCAGGGGAGAAGGCCUUUGCCCAGUCCUUGGUGACCAACCGACUGGGCCCCAUGACUCUUCAUCCCGAUGCUCCUGUAUCUCACUGUGUUAUAGUGGAGUUAACUAUUCACCUGGCUGCUGUCUUGCUCUGUGGGAACCAGGGGAUUUUAGGUCCGCUGCAGCAGCUGGCGUUUACCCCUGCCAGCAUGCAGGCAGCGUUUUUGCCUACUAUGCCAGAAGACAUGGUAGCUGUGGCUCAACAAGCCCUGGGACAACUGCAGUGGUACUAUUGUCCGAAUGGUCACCCCUGCACCAUUGGAGAGUGUGGCCAGCCAAUGGAAAUAAGUCAUUGUUUGGACUGUGGUGCUGUGAUUGGAGGAGAAAACCAUCGCCCUGUCACAGGAUUUCAUGUUGUCCAGUUGCAGGGUGACCGCACUCAGACAGGCCACAUUCUUGGUGAACCCAGUCGCAGGAACAACCCAGACAUGCAAGACACGAAGAGCCUUUCCCCUGUUCCCUUCACUAUCGUUCGCAUGCUCACUCACAUGGCCAUGCUGCUCGGAGCCUGCAGUCACCCUCAGAUGAUUUCUGCCAUCAUCAAGCCUGCCGUCGCUGACCCUGGAAGGUUCCUCCUUGACCACCUGCAAAAGGACCUGGAACAUCUUAUCAGAUCUCUGGGCAAAGGGAAAGAUGAUACAGUCACAACUGUACACCUGCUUAUCAGAACUCUGUUGCCACCUCACCAGCAACAACAAUGGCCUGCUCCUAAUUAUGCUCAGCUGUCCACCAAAGAGGCCAGAAAUCAGCAUGAGAUGGACAUGAGCAAUGUGAUCACACCUCAGCUGAAGAGUCUGGAUAAACAACUAAACACCGUUAACACAUUUAUCCGGACUGACUCGCGCAUCUCUGCCAAUCCAAUCGCAAAGCUCAUGUUUGGCAAUCCUCGUCUCUUCUUGGCUUCGCUUCCCCAGAAUUCUCUGAUCCAUGGUUCUGCCGUGUGGAGCUGCAGAGAGAAGGUGUCUCUGAUGAGCCUCACCCACAUUGUAGAGCAGAAUGAUGGCAAAGAAACCCUGCCUGUCCUCUGGAGGUUUCUGCACAGGGAAGCCGAGCUUCGACUGGUGAAGCACCUCCCUGACAUCCUCACACUGCAGAGGGAUCUGGUCAGAAAAUUUCAAAACAUUACUGAGCUGACUUUUGACACCAUUGGUGAAUUCCUCCAAAACCAGAAAACAGAUUCACUGAAACUCCGGUAUCGUCACUACAUUGAUGUCUUCCUGAUCACAUGGAAUCAGCUCAGACUGUCUCUGGCUACAAAUGGUGAGAUUAAGAUCCCAGCUGAGUACUGCCAGAUGGACCUGACUGUAGAAAGUGACUUCAAGGUGCUGUUGCCUCAACGUCAGGGUCCAGGCCUGUGCUCCACAGCCCUUAUCAGCUACCUCAUUGCUCUGCACAAUGAUCUGAUCUACUGUGUGGAAAAACACACGGGAGACGAGACCAGCUACAAAGUGAGCCCUGCAGAUCUGACCGAGCUGCAUGUAAUUCGGUACGAGGUGGAGAGAGACCUGAUGCCUCUGGUGCUGUCCAACACUCAGUACAGUGUUGAGAAGGGACAGGAGACCAUUCAUGAGUACGACCUGCCCAAAAUCCAGCAGCAGAUUGUCUCCCGGUUCCUGAUGGGCAAACCUAUCAUCACUCUGACUGGCAUUCCAACAUUAGUGAACAGACAUGACCGCAACUAUGAGAUCAUCCUGAGGGAUGUAAAAGCAAAAGUCCAGCAAGAGCCCCUUCAGACCCUCACUCUGCUCGCUGUGGCUGGCGAACUGCAGUCCUACAGCGAAGUGUGCGAGGCCUUUUCCACACUGGAAGUGGCCCUUGGGUUCCUGGCCAUGACUGGGGGAGAGCCUCAUGUGCAGUUGUCCGUCUACCUGGAGGAGGUGCUGCAGAUGGGAAGCCAGAUGGCUCCACACAUCCUCAAGGCUUUAAGCAAGUGCUACCUAAAACACUGUGUGGCUCUGUGGCAGCUGCUGGCCUCACUCAAAUCAGAAAACAUGCUGCGUCUCAAGAGGGAUCCAUUUGCAGGAGUCUCGGACCAAUACAAACAGGCUCUCACUGAGGAAGAGCAACGGCUGCUGACAGUUUUCUUCUCCAGGAGCAGUGCUGACAGCUUCAUGUUGGAAAUGCACGAGUUCCUGGUGCUGGUUCUUAAAAAGCCUGAUGCACCAAAUACCUUCAGGCCUGACUGGAGCCUGAAAGUUACACUGGUGUCGUACAUGGAGCGCAAGGACCUGGACGCCCCCCCUGAUGUGGAGGAACACUUCCCAGAUGAGAUCUGCUUGUCUCAUUACGUCGAGGCCUGGAGGUUCAUAGUGAACUUCAGACAGGAACGCGCUCAAAAACAAUAACAGCGUUAUUAUGUGUUUUUUUUCUCUUAUGUUGCUCAGAGAAGGUUUACUGUCAUGACAAGCUGCCUGUGAUGAGGAGGGGCAGGUUUGUGUCUUACAUGUUUUUGCUGAGAUGUGCCUUUUUAAAAUCUGUGAUAUAAAGAUGAUUAGCGGUGCCACAGAGUAGACUUCACCUUGACCUGUCUGGAUAUUCUAGAUUCUUAAUUUGUUUCUAAACACAAAUCUCUUGCACUUGUCAUGUUCCUUCAUUUGUUAAGAAAACAGACAACAAUCUCAACCAAACUCAGGUAUAAAUAGUAGAAUAAUUAUGUGGACUUAAAAUCCAAACUCUUAAACCACUCAAGCAUGAACACUUUGUAUGUUUACUUUCUUUUACAUUUUUUACAGUUAACUUGUUUACUGUCGUUGUUGCACCUUUUUCAUUCACAUCUUUAAAUGACCAAUUUAUUUUAGAUUUACAGUUUAUUUUCUUCACUGUUAAAGAUGUUUACGCAAUAGUUCAAUCAAAUGAUCCUUGUUUCUGUAUUUUCUGUAUCAAAAGCAGCUUCAGAUGCCAUUACCUAUAGUAAACGAGUAGUCAUCA